AUGUUCAGGGACAGCAGACACCGUCUCUACUCUAUCCUUACACUCGCGUUGAUAUUUCUAGCCCUGGGAACGUCCCUGACAGGAGCCAAAGACAGUGUCAUAGGCAUAGCAACUCCUGCGAUCACAAUCUCAAGCCAAGCAAUCGAAGAACUUGGACGAGACAGACCAACUGUAGUCUAUAUCUAUCUAACCACAUUCCAAACUCCACUCUCCCAACCAACUACACAAAGUACAAAACACACAAUCAGCAUCAAAAUCAAAUUUCUAAAACAUGAAGAGCAUUAA